AUGAAAUAUGGCUAUGUUCAUCCUACUUGUAAAUAUUACAUAAAACCUAAAAGGGGAAAGAGUCCACGAAAUGAGUUUAAGGUAUACGUCCAUCCCUUACCGGCCUGGGAAUUUAAUGAACUAUUUUAUUACUUGGGUAGGAUUAACUAUAAAGGAACUGAGCAACAUGGGUUUCGACAUAUUACUUCUUGUCACACAGAUGUUGUGGUCUACUAUUGGAGUCAUGAUGAUGCCAAUUUCUGUCCCUUGCUCAUUAGACUAAGGAAGGGGACCUGGUGGUCUUAUCAUGAAUACUACAAGAGUGGUGGUAUAGGUUCUAACGAAUGGGCAAAAUAUAGUGGACUUGCAAAGAUUGUUAAUGAUAAUGCUUUUAAAAAGGUAGUUACUCUCAAACUAGAUCAUAUUGCUAGUGGUACCCAAUAUGCAUUUGAUGGUACGGAUAGUUCAUCUAUAAACUCAGGUUUUAGGAUAACCGUUACUGAACAAAAGAACCAACCUAGUGGUUAUAAUAAAUACAUUCACACUUUAGAAAAGGGUGGAUCUAUGAGGAUUGUAUGCACAAAACAUAAAGGAAAAUUUAUCAACUUCAAAGGGUCCACUCUACAAACACCAUACUAUCAUGCCUAUGUAUACUAUGCAAAAACGGAUGGUAAACAUGAUAGACCACUCAUUCUGGAGCUUGGUCAUAAUACAUUUUACAGACUAGACGGUGGUAAUAAGUGGGUUCAUGAUAAGAAAAUAAAGUCUAAUGAUCUAAGUACGUAUCUAGACAAUCUUAAUGGAGCACACAUCAUAGAGAUUUCUCAAAAGAAUGGACCAUACAAAUGUACCUCUCCUAAUUGUGACAAAUAUAUUCAAGUACAGCCUACUCAAGAGAAUAGUCACAAAUACAUUAAGCGAAGGCAUUAUCUUAAGGAAAACUCUUCAACCUUUUCUGUCUCCUCGUUUGUUGGAUCCAGUAAAAAGUCUCAAACGGGUCUUUCCUCUCCAACUGAUAUAACUGAGCUUUUUGUGUAUUUCCGUGAUCAAUCUGGAACUCUACUCAUUUUCUAUGAAUCUGGAAGAGAUAAAAGGUGUUUUAAGAAGGUUAAAGGUAAUGAUCAUGAAUGGACUCUAGCAGAUGAGGAUAAAUUAGAUCCUGAUGACCCUUCUAGAAUUCUGGAACUUCUGAGGAAAAUAGAAAAGGAAACUCAAGAAUCCUUGGAACGCCGCGGAGAAGUCUGGAAUGCGACUGGUUACGCGAAUGAAGAGUUGGAUUUGAGCGAAUUGACAAGCACACAAUCAUGUAACGUAUAUGAUAGCCACGAUGUACAGAUAAAGUUGCCCACAAAGAUGGUUUCUCUUUCUCUCGUUUCUUGCAAAAACGUCAGGGUGGAUGUAAAAUCUCUCAUCUCUGGUAUGGAACUAACAAGUUGCACAAAUGUGCGUGUAAUUGUCGAAAAAUCCCUACCAUCAGCUGCUAUUGACAAGUGCCAGCAAGUUGGAUUUUGGAUUCCAAAGAGCAACGCCGAUAGUAUAAUGUUCACCAGUUGCAAGUCUGGAGAUAUGAAUGUCAAUGUGAACAAGAAUGAAAAUGGAAAUCCGGAGGAUGACGAUUGGGUGGAGCUCCCAAUUCAUGAACAAUUUGAACACACGAUUGAAAAUUUUAAAAUGGUCACAAGGCCAUCCUCAUUGUAUCCUUAG